UCAAAAUAUCACUGGGCCGAGAAAACAACGCAUCUAUUUAAAUUGUUGGAUUGGCAAGUGAAAAUUGGUGCGCCUGGUGCAGCAUCUAUUUUAUCAUAGAUAAUUUGCUUUUCGUUUAUCAGAUAAAUGGGCACGAAGCAGAGUAUCUAUGAAAAACCCGGUACUUUGGAUUAUUAUAAACUCAGCGCGAAAGAAUAUGCACUGGUUAAGAAAGUAUGGUCAGGUAUUGAAGUUAACCCGCAAUUUCAUGGUAACGCUUGUCUCAGGAGCUUUUGCGAGACUCAUCCGCAAUACGUGAAAUUUUUCACUCAGGAGUCGAAAUUGCAUUUGAGCUUUGAUACACGCGUUACGGCCAAAUUUGCCGUAAUUAUGGAAACCAUGGGAUAUCUUCUGCUGGAUUUUAAUAAGAAGCCGAAACAGUUGGAUCGAUUAGUCGGUUACAUAGCUAUGGUACAUAAGGACAUGCAAUUAGAUGAGCAAGAUAUGCGUAACUUUGUGACAUCCUUAUUUGAUUACUUGUCGCGAACGUAUCCCACGCAGAUGACUGUGGAGUGCCAGGGAGCGAUGUCCAAGUUCAUGGAGAGCGUUAUAAAGGAGCUCUUUGUAAAAAUGGAAACCUUCCGCAAUUACGAUGUCGCGCAAUCGGAAGUGACAACGCGAUCGAAAUUGCCGUGGGGACGAUGUCCACUCUUCGCCGAACCCCCGAUAUUCGGCAAGACCAAGUUGUAUUGGGAUGAAUGGAAGAAGCAGUGGGACACGCGGAUGAAAGAAUGGGCGGCACAGGCAGCACUCGUCGCUCAAGAGCCGAGUAAACCGAUCUCCACAAACGACACGUCGGGAUUGAAAUCGAGGAACGAUCUCAACAAUGAAAACGAGAUCGGCUUGUUGCAACGGAAGGCCUCCGAAUUGGUACGGAAACGAACUGGCUCGGACAUAUCCGCUUCCAGGCUGGCGCUGUUAAGUCUUAGCAAGACGAUCACCGUUGAGCGUUCGCCAGAGCGAAUUAUUAGCCCGCCAAGACGGGCUGAGAAAGAGCGUCCUCAGCGGCGCGUUUCACUUCGUCUUCCGGAAAUUACGAACACUUCUCGUGAAAGACAUCGCGCUAAAAGUUUUACUCAAGACGUUUCGAAAUCGCAAGACGAUGCAACAUUAAGCAUGACCAUGGAUAGCCUAGAGCUUUAG